AUGAAAUCGUGGACGUGCCUCUUUGUGGUGGUGUUUUCCUUAUUUGUUGAGGUGCUGUCCUUCAACUUUGGAUUGGACUUGGGCCUAUCACCCAAGUAUUAUAAGAAGGGUCAAAAGGUUGACCUUCUAGUCAAUAAGGUGGAGAGUGAUCACACCCAACUCCCGUUCGGAUACUUUGACUUGAACUUUGUGUGUCCUGCUUCCAGAGAGAAGAAACCAUUGCAUAUCUCAUUAGGUGAGAUCUUAAGAGGUGAUAGGUUGUGGGAAAGUGACUUUAAGUUAGCGUUUGGCAAGGAUAUUUCUUGUGCCCGUUUAUGUGAUUUUCUUGCCAAAGUUCCUCAGAUUACUUUUGCUGAUAGGUUAAUUAAACAAGGCUACGUGGUGCAUUGGUCAAUAGAUGGUUUACCAGGUGCUACCACAUUUGUUUCCAACAACAAAAAUUCCAAAUACUACGCGGCUGGGUUCCCGCUAGGGUUCUUUGAGGAUGACAUCAGCUACUUGUAUAAUCACUUUAUGUUGGUUAUACGAUACCAUUCUGAGAAAAAACAUCCAGGAAUGCACACCAUAGUGGGCUUUGAAGUCUAUCCCAAAUCAGUAGUAGAUGAGACAUGUCCUGGCUCUUCCAAGUCCUAUGAGAACCUUGCCUUGAAGUUGCCCGAAGGAAAAAAGGGUAAGGUUGCCAAGUUGAGAAUCCCAUACACCUAUUCUGUGUAUUGGAGAGAGGAUAAUUCCAUCGAUUAUGCCAACAGAUGGGAAUUGUACUAUGCAAAUGAGACUCAUUCAGCAUCCACUAAGAUCCACUGGCUUUCGUUUUUAAACUCAGUCGUGUUGGUGUCCUUGUUGACCUUGGUAGUGGUGAUAAUCUUGGUGAGAAUAAAUAGACUUGACCUGAAGAACUCCGAUUCCUCCCCAAAUUUGGCAUUGACGGCUGAGAUAGACAAUGCCUUUUCCAAAAACGCUGCCUGGAAGAACUUGGGUGGAGCUGUCACCAAACGGCCCGUUUUCCCUUUGUUGUUAUCCAUGUUAGUUUCUAGUGGUCUUCAAUUAAUUAUCGCAACCGUUGGCAUCAUACUAUCUGUGAUCAUUAAGUCUCAAUUGGAUUAUAAUAAAGCUAGAGGAGGUGAAUUCAGUAACUACCAAGGGGCUUUCUCUUCAUUGGCAUUAUCUUGUUUUGUAAUGUCUGGUAUUCUCCCAUCGUUCUUCGGGUUCGUGUUGUACAAGAUCUUCAACAACGAAAACUUAAGCGUACAGAUUCCUCCUGCAAAAGCUGUCAAAUUAUCCAUCUUAUUCAGCGGAUUCUUGCCUUGCUUGGUGUUGUCAGUCAUGUUGUUUUUCAACUUUUUUGUGUUUGCUAAAGAAAGCUCUAAUGCAUUGCCGUUUGGAUCCAUAGUGAUUCUUUUGAUUUUAUUCUUCUUGAUUGUUUUACCAUUGGGUUUGAUAGGUGGAUAUUACGGAAACAAGUUGAAAUUCAAUAAGAAGUCCAUAAUGUUUUUCUCUGAAAAAGGAAAGGAUUCUCCCAAUUUUGUCCCUCAAGUCAAUGUGUCAACCACUGCUAAAAGGGCCUUGAUGUCCGUAAUUAGGAACUCAACAAUAGUGAUGCUCAUCUAUGGAUUGAUUCCAUUUGGAAUCGUAUACGUCGAAUUGUCCUUCAUAUUCAAUUCGAUAUGGCUAGAAAAGACCACCUUCUACUACAUGUACGGGUUCUUGUUUUUGACUACUUUGAGUCUCAUUAUCAUUGUCAGUGAAUCCACCAUAAUUGGAAUUUACAUCAGCUUAGUUAUAGAAAAUAAUCCAAAUUGGCAAUGGUUAUCUUUCAGGAUCGGUUCAAGUAUUGGGCUAUACAUCUAUGCUUACUCCAUCUAUUACUUUUUCAGUCUUUUGAAUGUUCAAGAUUUUGUAAGUAUUUUACUAUACUUUGGCUAUAUGGCCUUGGUAUCAGUGCUUAUUGGAAUAGCAGGUGGUUCGGUAGCAGUUCUCACAGGGAUGGUGUUCAUCAAAAAACUACUUACGUCUACGAAAGCAGAUUAA